UGCCCUCCAAAAAUUAUAAAUAACGAAAGCCCACCCAUUAAUCCACCCACUUUUAACAAUAAUACCAAAUCACUUGACGAAGAAAAAGUAGAUCGUUAAAAUUCAACAUUCCAAAAGCAAAAUCACUAAAACCCAUAAUCACAAGCAUAAUCACUUCGGAGAAGGGAAAUCGAUGGGGGCGCUGAUGUCGAAGAUGUGGUUCAUGUUAUUCCCGGCGAAGGAGUACAAGAUCGUGGUGGUUGGCCUGGAUAACGCCGGCAAAACGACGACGCUUUACAAACUCCAUUUGGGGGAGGUGGUCACCACGCACCCCACCGUUGGCAGCAACGUUGAGGAGCUUGUCUACAAGAAUAUUCGAUUUGAGGUGUGGGAUCUAGGUGGGCAAGACAGGCUAAGAACAUCAUGGGCAACCUACUACCGAGGAACGCACGCAGUUAUAAUAGUGAUAGACAGCACAGAUAGAGCUAGGAUCUCGAUAAUGAAAGACGAACUAUUUAGCCUGCUUCCAAACGAGGACUUGCAGGGUGCAGUGGUGCUCGUUUUUGCAAACAAACAGGACCUGAAAGACGCGAUGACUCCAGCUGAAAUAACCGAUGCGCUCUCGCUUCACAGCAUAAAGAACCACGAUUGGCAUAUUCAAGCUUGCUGUGCGCUCACUGGCGAAGGUCUUUACGAUGGCUUGGGUUGGAUUGCACAGAGAGUUACCGGUAAAGCUACAAGCUAGAAAAAAAAAACAACCUUUGAACUUUCGAGAUUAUUAAAA